UUUUGGCCGCAAAUGCCGCCAAAGGAUCACACCUUUGACACAGGUUUACUUCCGCUGAAUCCUCUUGUGGCUACCUACAUGACUUACCGUUUCGAAACACAACACGCGCAAGGUAUUAGGCUACAUAUUAAAACAGGCUAUUUCUGCUAUUUGACUAAACCAGCUGUAUGUAGUGUCGGCAAAACAGGAUGAAAAUUCCACAAGUACCUUCACGUGUAACAAUUCUCUAUGCAUCUCGACUUUACUGAUGUUAAUGCCUCAACUUCAUAAACCUCUGCUUUAAAAACUGGUUGUCCAUAAGGUAUUGGCUAAUCGCAUGCAAUGUGCUAUCGUCUAUGGGCUGUUCUCACAGCCAUUACGCUAAAAGAAUGAAGUUCCACUACACCAAAAACACCAAAAACUAAACAAGAUGUAGACAAAGCAGGAGGUAAGAAAUAUCGACCAACACCGAAGUCGGCCGUGAAUGCCGAUGCCGAAACGCCAGCGCUUAAAUAGCCCCUAUAACCAAGAGCGCUUCGACUCCCCAGCGCUCCUCAACGUUGAGUGACGUCAGAGCUCUCCUGGCAGCCUGUAAGCCGGAGCGGAUCCGCUACAAAGAUUCACAACCAAGGAGAGGACAGCGAGAAAGGGUUUCAAGUACCUGGCACGUAACUGUACACAAAACAGGAUUAUUUUCAGUUGUCACCGAGGAAGAGUUGUCUGUCCUACCCCGGGAGCUGGGGGUAACCGUGCACGACUCCCCCGCAAUGGAUAGGGUCAUAACUUGUUUCUUUGCUGCGGUCAGUUUGUUGAUCUCAGUAAGAGGACAAGUAUUUAAAGGCGACUGUGACUUUGAGAACUCCUACACGGCAUGCGGGUACAGCCAAGGCAAAGAGGAUGACCUAGACUGGGAGCAACUCAACACCGUGGAGAAGCCCUCCACUGACCCCUGGAUACCCACAGGUUCGGCCUUCAUGAUGGUGAACACGUCCGACCGCUACGCGGGGCAGCGAGCCCAGCUUCUCACCCCCCAGCUGAAGGAAAACGACACGCACUGCAUCCUCUUCAAGUACAUGGUGUCUGGCCGGGAGGGGGCCAACCCGGGCCACCUCAACAUCUACAUCAAGGAGAACAACAGUCCGAUGGGCGUCCCGGUGUGGAACGCUUCUGGGACCGCCACUCGAACCUGGGGUCAGAUAGAGCUGGCCGUCAGCACCUUCUGGCCAAACUUCUAUCAGAUCGUGUUUGAAGUGGUGACCUCAGGACAACGAGGCCUGUUAGCCAUCAAGGAUGUGGUACUCCAAGGCCACCAGUGCAUGAAUACGCCACACUUUCUUCAGAUAAAGGGUGUUGAGGUCAAUGCUGGACAAACUGCUACUUUCCACUGCACAGUGAAUGGACACCACAGAGACAACUUCAACCUGUGGUUACAGGGAAUUGGAGGCCGGGAGGCUCCCAUGAAAGCCACCAAACCCUGGAACAACCGGCGGUUCAUCGGGACGUUCGACGUGGAGAACACGACCAAGGCCGACUCCGGUCACUACCGCUGCAUCGUGCACACGGGACGCGGCAUCGGGGUGUCCAACUACGCCCAGCUGACCAUAAAACAACCCCCGGUCCCGAUUGCACCGCCGCAGCUCACUGCAGUGGGUGCUACCUACCUCUGGAUCCAGCUCAACGCCAACUCCAUCAACGGGGAUGGGCCCAUCAUCGAGAGGGAGGUGGAGUACCGCAUGGUCUCUGGGCCCAUGUACGACCUGCAGGCAGUGGACAAGACCACCCACAAGAUCGGCCACCUGGACCCUGACACCGAGUACGAGAUCAGCGUCCUGCUCACCCGCCCUCUGGAGGGAGGCACCGGGGCCCCGGGGCCCCCCCUCCGAGCCCGGACAAAGUGCGCUGAACCUAUGCAUGGGCCCCAGAAGUUGGAGGUGGUGGACAUCCAGUCCAAGCAGAUCACCGUGCGCUGGGAGCCCUUCGGCUACAACGUGACCCGUUGCCAUAGCUACAACCUAACGGCGCAGUACCGGUACCGGGCCGGGGCCAAGGAGGAGAUCCGGGAGGAGGUGUGCUACGACACCACAAGCCCCGCCCCCCAGCACACCAUCCGAAACCUGGCCCCCUACACCAACCUGAGUGUCCGGCUGGUCCUGCGCAAUCCGGAGGGCGUCAAGGAGAGCGUGGAGAUCCAGGUGCAGACCGACGAGGACGUGCCGGGGGCGGUACCUCUCGAGUCCAUCCAGGGGAGUACUUACGAAGAAAAGAUCGGCCUCAAGUGGCGGGAGCCCGUGCAAACGUACGGCAUCAUCACACUGUAUGAGAUCUCAUACAAGGCUGUGAGCUCCUUCGACCCAGAACUGGACCUGUCCAAUCAAAGUGGGAAGGUGUUCAAGCACAGCAAUGAGACAUCCCAUGUGUUCCUGGGGCUGGUCCCAGGAUCAACCUAUUCCUUCACUAUCAGAGCCAGUACUGCUAAGGGGUAUGGGCCUCCAGUCAUUACCCAGUUUACCACUAAAAUUUCAGCUCCCUCCAUGCCCGGCUAUGAUCAGGAGACCCCUCUGAAUCAGACUGACAGCACGGUGACAGUGCUGCUGAAACCAGCCCAGAGCAGGGGGGCGCCCGUCAGUGUGUACCAGGUGGUGGUCAUGUGUGGGGAAGAGCGCCCGUCGGCGGAGGGCCGAGAGAUCCUGCGCUGCUACCCCGUGCCCAUCCACUUCCAGAACGCCACCCUGCUCAACUCCCAGUACUACUUCACCGCCGAGUUCCCGGCCGCGGGCAUCCAGGCGCCCCAGCCCUUCAGCAUCGGGGACAACAAGACCUACAGCGGCUACUGGAACGCCCCGCUCCUGCCCCACAAGAGCUACAGCGUCUACUACCAGGCUGUCAGCACAGCCAACGGGGAAACCAAAAUUGACUGCGUCCGAGUUGCCACCAAAGCCGCCAUAAUCGUCACUCAGCUCACAACUCCCUACAUACGCAUCGCCCCGGCGGCUGGCGAAAACCAACUAACAGGGGCAGUGACUCGGAAGCCAGACGCAGUCGAACCGGAGAAACAGACUGACCACACCGUGAAGAUUGCCGGGGUCAUUGCUGGAAUCCUGCUCUUCGUCAUCAUCUUCCUUGGCGUGGUGCUGGUCAUGAAGAAAAGAAGAACCUAUCACUCCUACACAUACUACCUGAAACUUGCGAAAAAGCGCAAGGAGACGCUGAGCAGCACUCGACAGGAGAUGACGGUGAUGGUGAACUCGAUGGACAAGAGCUACACGGAGCAGGGCACUAACUGUGACGAGGCCUUCUCCUUCAUGGACACACACAACCCCAACAGCAGGCCGGUGUCCUCACCAACAUCGUUCACAAUGAAGGCGAACACUCUAAGCACCACUGUACCCAACUCCUAUUACCCAGACCCAUUUGUGCCCACUGCUAUCCUAGAUGAGAGCCAGACCAUGGCGAGCGACACCAGCAGCCUGGUGCAGUCGCACACCCACUCCUACAAGAAGAGGGAGGCGGUGGUGGACGUGCCGUACCAGACGGGCCAGCUGCACCCCGCCAUCCGCGUGGCCGACCUGCUCCAGCACAUCACCCAGAUGAAGUGCGCCGAGGGCUACGGCUUCAAAGAGGAGUACGAGAGCUUUUUUGAAGGACAGUCCGCGCCCUGGGAUUCCGCAAAGAAAGAUGAGAACCGGAUGAAGAACCGAUAUGGGAACAUUAUCGCAUAUGAUCAUUCCCGUGUCAGGCUGCAGGCCUUGGAUGGGGAGCAGAGCUCGGAUUACAUUAAUGCCAAUUACAUCGAUGGCUACCACAGGCCUAACCACUACAUUGCAACUCAAGGGCCCAUGCAGGAGACUGUCUUUGACUUCUGGAGGAUGGUGUGGCAGGAGAACACAGCCACCAUCGUCAUGGUGACCAACCUGGUGGAGGUGGGAAGGGUGAAGUGCUGUAAGUACUGGCCAGACGACACAGAGAUCUACAGGGACAUGAAGGUGACUCUCAUCGAGACUCAGCUGCUCUCUGAGUACGUCAUCCGGACCUUCGCCGUGGAAAAGAGGGGGGCCCAUGAGAUCCGGGAGAUCCGGCAGUUCCAUUUCACCGGCUGGCCGGACCACGGUGUGCCUUACCAUGCCUCGGGGCUGCUGGGAUUCAUUAGGAGGGUCAAGGCCAAGAACCCUGCCAACGCCGGGCCCAUGGUCAUACACUGCAGUGCUGGGGCGGGACGGACCGGCUGCUUCAUCGUGAUUGACAUCAUGCUGGACAUGGCAGAGAGGGAGGGCGUGGUCGACAUCUACAACUGCGUGCGAGAGCUGCGGUCACGGCGAGUCAACAUGGUCCAGACUGAGGAGCAGUAUGUCUUCAUCCACGACGCCAUCCUGGAGGCCUGCCUCUGUGGAGAUACCACUAUUCCCGCCAACCAGAUUCGGUCCGUCUACUACGACAUGAACCGCCUCGACCCUCAGACCAACUCCACCCAGAUCAAAGAGGAAUUCCGGACACUGAACAUGGUGACCCCCACUCUGAGGGUGGAGGACUGCAGCAUCGCCCUGCUUCCCCGAAACCACGAGAAGAACCGCUGCAUGGACGUGCUCCCCCCCGACCGCUGCCUGCCCUUCCUCAUCACCAUCGACGGCGAGAGCAGCAACUACAUCAACGCCGCGCUCAUGGAUAGCUACAAGCAGCCAUCUGCGUUCAUAGUUACCCAGCAUCCUUUGCCAAACACAGUCAAAGAUUUCUGGAGGCUGGUGUUGGACUACCACUGCACCUCCAUAGUGAUGCUGAAUGACGUGGACCCGGCCCAGCUGUGUCCUCAGUACUGGCCUGAAAACGGGGUCCACCGCCACGGCCCCAUCCAGGUGGAGUUUGUGUCAGCUGACCUGGAGGAGGACAUCAUAAGUAGGAUAUUCCGCAUAUACAACGCGGCACGGCCGCAGGACGGGUACCGCAUGGUGCAGCAGUUCCAGUUCCUGGGCUGGCCCAUGUACCGGGACACGCCCGUGUCCAAGCGCUCCUUCCUCAAGCUCAUCCGGCAGGUGGAGAAGUGGCAGGAGGAGUACGACGGAGGGGAGGGCCGGACUGUGGUGCACUGUCUAAAUGGAGGGGGGCGUAGCGGAACAUUCUGUGCCAUCAGCAUCGUGUGUGAGAUGCUCCGACACCAGCGAUCAGUGGAUGUGUUCCACGCCGUCAAAACGCUGCGAAACAACAAACCCAACAUGGUGGACUUACUGGAUCAGUACAAGUUCUGCUAUGAAGUCGCACUGGAAUACUUGAAUACUGGUUAACCUGCCUUGAAGCUCCGCCCUGUUCCCUUGUACCACACCUGGACAGCGAAGCAAUCUUAGAACGUUAGUGGAGAACGAGGGAACGUAUUCGGGCAGGCGAACGGACAGUGGCCUCGCCCGUCUCAGCUGGCCCGGGAUUCCCUGGCCUGUAUGUACAGCGAGAAUCGGUCAAAAUCACACGUCUGUACCUGUGUUUACCAGUUCCCAUCCAUCCAAGCUUGCUGGACAAACCGCCAGAGCACAGUGCUAUAUUUACAUGUCUCUUGACCUGUUCUUAUAUUUUUUUAAUCUCCUCUUACCCCUGAUCCUUGGAUGUUGCCUUCAAAUUCAGUGGACAAUUAUUUUUAUUUUUUUUCAUUUGUAUUUUUCUUUUUUUUUUUGUGGGGAAUGCAAUGUUGUGUAAACGUGUAACUGCUCAUUUUUAAACCUGUAAUUAUAUUUGUUGAUGCAAAGUUGUACAACGUAGCUGCAGUUACCUGGCAUUUUUAACUUUCGAGACUUUGAAUCCUAAGUGUUUUGCUUUGUUGUGCUGUUACUGGAAUUGUCAUUGUAUCAGAGGAAACAUUGACACGAUACACACAAGUUUAUGUUACGUCAUAGUCAAAGGACCCAAAGCUUUUGUUAUGGUUUGUUUAUAUUGUAAAUAUUUUUUUCCAGAUUAUUUAUUCAUUCAGAGUACAUUUUUUGUGAAGCACAGUGAGUGACAAUCAUGUGUUUUGGGUUUAUUAAUUUUAUUGACCAGAGGAUAUUGUUAGGCUUUCUCUUGUAUGGAAUAAUAACUCAAAUUUAGAAAUACAUAUAUCUCUGCCA